AGAAGGUUAGUUUCUUCAUACCCGAUUAACACAAAAGGCUUCCACAAAACAUAACAAGAGAAAGGAAUCGUUAGGGGAGGCAAAAACUUUAUAAACCCUAGCUCGUUUUCUGAAUUGCAACCUGAAAUUCGAUCGCGAGACUGUAAAUACAGACAAAAUCGAUGGCAAGUAGAAGCAGAGGCGACGGAAAUUACCGAAAUCCAUGUCUAACUAUGCAUCAGCCAUGGGCUUCUCUGCUUGUAUAUGGUAUCAAACGUAUCGAAGGAAGAUCUUGGCCUUCUCCAAUUACAGGUCGACUUUGGAUUCAUGCUGCUGGGAAGGUUCCGGAUCCUGAAACAAUUAAAGCAAUGGAAGACUUCUACAGACAGUUAUAUGCAUUAGAUGGAGUUACUGAUCUCAAAUUUCCAGAACAUUAUCCAGUUUCAAGAUUAUUAGGUUGUGUUGAAGUUGUUGGAUGUGUUACAUCUGAAGAGCUUGCAUCAUGGGAAGAUAUUCCUCAAGGGGUGAGGCUGGAAGGGCUAACACCUUUUUGUUGGCUAUGUGAACAACCACAGAAAUUGCUUAUACCAUUUGAAAUGCGUGGAUAUCAAGGGGUCUAUAACUUGGAAAAAAGGAUUCUCGAAGGAGCACUUAGAGGUCUUUCUCCGGUUGAAGCCCAAUUACCUAUUAAAUUUCCACUUCCAGACCCUCGAAAUCGACUCUCUUUAAAACCAGGCUCACUUAAAAAAACAUCAAACACGUCUCAAUCCAAUCAGACUUCCUCUCCAUCUCUUACAGCAGCCAUAGAAGGAGCAAGAACAGCUGCCACCCAAUUCUCAAAGAAAACCUAUGUGGGACCCACACCAGGAUUCCAAGGUCAAGGAUCAAAUAUAAAUGAUAGAACAAGAUGAAUGUUUUAGGGUAUUUAGUGUGUUUAUAUGUGUUAUUGGAUUCAUUUUUAAAUGAAAUAUUAUGUAACAUAUGUUUACUUGUAUUGGAAUUUGGAUGUAAGAUUGUUAUUACUUGAUUUAGGGGUAAAUAGUUUUUAGCUUAAUGUUUAUUUGCUUAUUGCAGUGUGAAUAAUUAUUUUUUUAAAAUGUGUUUGGAUUAACUUAUUGCGGUGGG